AUGCGUCUUCGGGCACUGGGACUGCCUCGAUGGCAACGUGGGCGGGAUCUAGUCUGUAGACAGACUCUGUUUCAACAUUCUACCCGUACAGUUCUCUGUGCGUCUCAGAGGCGUGCAUAUGCUACUCCUGUUGAACCUCCCCAACAAUUAAAGAACGACACGAGAGAGAAAGUCGUCAUCUUGGGGAGUGGAUGGGCAGGCUACGUCCUCUCUCGCCAUCUCGACCCGAAGAAAUAUCGCGUCCUCAUUGUCUCACCUCGAUCAUACUUCGUCUUUACCCCUCUCCUGAACGACACCACCGUCGGCACACUCGAGUUCCGAAACGUUUUGGAGUCCGUGAGAAAGAGAAACAGUAAGGUGGAAUACGUACAGGGAUGGGCUGACGACGUCAAUUUCGUCGACAAGUUCAUCACCGUGGAGCCCUCCGUCCUGGAUCCAGAUGUUGGACAUGCCCUCACAGGACCCAGGAAAGUGAAUGAAGAACGUACGAAUGAUGUACUGGAAAGAACCCUCCACGCUGGAGGGACGAGCAAGACCCAAGUCCCUACAUUCCCAGUGUCCUACGACAAAUUGGUCAUCGCAGUGGGAUGCUACAGCCAAACCUUCAACACAAAGGGAGUCCGCGAGAACGCCAUGUUCUUGAAAGACGUACGUGACGCACAAGCCAUCCGGCGACGCAUCUUGGAACUCUUUGAAUUGGCGCGACUCCCCAUCAUCCCGGAAGAAACGAAGCGCUACCUGCUACACUUCGCCAUCGUUGGCGGCGGGCCCACAGGCAUGGAGUUUGCCGCGUGUCUCUCAGACCUAAUCCGUGACGACAUUAGCCGCCUCCACCCACAACUCCUCAAAUACAUCCAGAUAACGCUCUACGACGUCGCGCCCAAAGUCCUGCCCAUGUUCGACGCCAGCCUCGCCGACUAUGCUGUAAAACAGUAUAAACGGCAGAACGUGCAGAUCAAGACCAGCCACGAUGUCGAAGAGCUACGCAAGGGCUUCCCGAACGACCCCGAGGCGCGACAGAACCAAGCCAACCAGGUCAAAGGCCGCGUUUACACCAUCCGCACGAAACAGGAGGGCGACGUCGGCAUUGGGUUGUGCGUAUGGUCAACUGGGAACAAAAACAACCCAUUCAUUGAGAAGGCGCUCAACCACGUACGUCGCUUCCCCGUGCGCUCGGCGCAGAUCACUCAGGGCGGUGCCACGGCCGUCGAGAACCCCAAUACGCGGCAGUGGAUCAUCGAGCGCGACGCGCGGUCCGGCUCCCUCCUCAUCGACGACCACUUCCGCGUCAACCUGACAACGGACGCAGCAAUCGACGCCGAAGUCAACGGCGAUCCGGACCACGGUCACGAUCCACAGCCCCACGCCUACGUGAAAGAUGUAUUCGCGCUCGGCGACGCCACGAAGCUCAAGUCCGGCGCCCUCCCGGCCACCGCGCAGGUCGCGAACCAGCAGGCCCUGUGGCUCGCCAAAGCCCUGAAUAAAUACCCGGACCCCGAGGCGUUUGCGCAGAAUAAAGGGUUCACGUUCCGCAAUCUGGGCGUUUUCACCUACAUCGGUGGUGCCAAGGCUGUUCUGCAAGGCCCGCCGGUUUCGGGGCGUGGUGGGAAUGGAAACGGGAAUGGGAAUGGAGGGGUGGCGAGUAAAGCGUCUGGGUUGAAUUUCAGGGGUUGGAUCGCUUUCUUACUGUGGCGCGGUGCAUACCUCACGAUGACGCUUAGUUGGAGGAAUAAAUUCCUCGUGCCCAUUCAGUGGGUUGCUGUUAAGCUAUUUGGGAGAGAUGUGAGCCGGUUCUGA